AUGUCUGAAAAUAUUGAAAAUAAAAUAGCUUCAGCCAGUACUAUUUCUAUUAAAGAUCCUUUGAUUCUACUUAAAAUAUCAAUUCUAGAAUCAUGUCCUCCUAAGUUUUUAAGUUCAGAAAAUAUAGAAUCAGUAGUUCCUCGAUUGGAAGAAGCAGAAUAUCUUGGAUUUUCAAAUGGAGUGAUUGUUUCUCUUAAGGAGAAAACUAGAUUUAUUCGUAAAGAAACAGGAGAACCUUUUAAUCUUUUGUCAAUUUUUUUUGCAUGGCAGCUUAAAGAUGCUAAUGUUGCAGAAUAUAUUCAACGUUGUGGAGAAUCAGAUAUUAAAAAUCUUUCAUUUCUUGAAAAAACAGAUUUGGUGACAUGGUUAGAUGGAGCAGCUGAAAGUGAGCAUAUUCAACCGUUAGAAGAAGAAAAAUCUGCAAUUUUAACAAUACAACGACGAACAGGAUUUGAACAUCCAGAACGAAAUCCUGUAUUAUUGAAUAUUUAUGCUCAGGAAAGGAUAGUUGGUUCUAGACAUACCGUUUUACGAGGAUUAAAACCAAUUGAUUUUUCGGCUGUACGAAAAGAUGCAUAUGAACAUUUUAUUUCAAAAUCGAGAAAUAAACAUUCAGGAAAUACAACAGCUCCACCACUUGGAAAGGAACUGAAAGUUAGACAUCGAGAUCCUAUUAUUUUACUUUCGCCUUCUGCUUCAUCGCUUUUAACAAUGUACAAUAUUAAGCGUUUUUUAGAUGAGGGUGUUUUUGUGCCUCCAGAAGAAGCAUUGCAAAUAAAUGGUGGUAAUCGUGUUUCAGAAUUGAUUGCUAUUUCCCAUACUUCGAGGAUUGCAAAGGGAUUGUCGUAUCGGUUUGUAAUUGUACAAGGAGUUGAUAAGUUUAAACCAGAUUAUUGGGAUCGAGUGGUUUGUGUGUUUACGACGGGACAGGCUUGGCAAUUUAAGGAAUAUAAAUGGUCUGAGCCGAGGGAAUUAUUUCAUCAUGUUAAAGGUUUUAUAAUACAAUAUGUGGGCGAUCCUCCACACCCUGCGACAAAAGAAUGGAAUGUCGAAUCAGUUCGGAUUGAACGAUUUCGAAGACACACUGAUCGUGAAGUCGUUAGUCGGCUUUGGGAAUCACUGGAAAGAUGGAUGGAUAAUCAUCCUGUAUGGAGAACAAUGGGGCGACGUAAAACAUAUGGAUAAACCGUUUUUUUAGAUGAUAAACAAUUGGAUUUUAAAAAAUAAUAAAUUGAACAUGAAUAUAUAAUAAAGGAAGUUUUGAUAUCACUCUUAAAUAUUAAAUAUUCGAUGGAUAAAGCAUCUAUUGAGAGUUAAAGAAUAAUGAAAAUGAAGAUAUAACCUACUAUUCGAAGAGAAGCACCAAAUGUGCAGGGAGGAAGAUUGUGACGAAAUCUGGCUCUAACACAGCCUGAAUUUCCAUGUGGACGGGUAAUUUUUCCCCAAAUAACACGGAUUCUUGUUCCUUUCACCUCUUUUUUUGCUCUAUAUACAUAUGCAACCCGUUUACCAAGUAAUAGAACAGUAAUUUUUGGAAAUUUACCGAUUUUAAUAAUUGAAACAUUUGGAUUAGAAUUCCUCUUUCCACGCUGAUAUCUGAUAAAAAUUAGAGGGAAAAAGGGUCUUAUUGUUUCCAUCAACUUACGAAAGAUGCCGUCCUCUUACAUAUACUAUAAAUUAAAGUUAGCUUGAGUAAAAAAAACAUUAUAUCAUUUAUUAAAUUAUCUAUCAAAUGAAUAUAUAGACAGGCUUUAUUUAUUCAAAUUAUCCAUUUUAUAAGGAAGAUUAAGUCUUAGA